AUGAGCGCGAACGAGCCACCUGCAGGCGCAGGGAGCACGCCCGUGGCUGUAUACCGUGCACCAAACAGCCGUGUAUAUGCUCCCCCGCCCCCCGAGAGCGACAAUUUUGAGCCGACGCCGGCCGAGCUGCGUACCGCGUUUGCGGAUGCCGUGCAGCAGCGGCAUGGCCCCAAUGCACCCCUGAUGACCAGCGCGAUGCGUGCGCGCCAGGCUGAGGCGCAAGGGCGUGCGAAGAAGCAGUACGACUCGGUGCGGAUCCGCGUGCGUUUUGCGGACCGCACGCAGAUCGAGCAGGUCUUUCCGCAUAACGCCACGAUCAAUGACGUCUACGCGUUGGUCGACAAUUCCGUGCAGGCUGCCGGUGACUAUGUGCUAUUCCAGUCGCCGCCGAAGCGCGACUUUCCGCGCGCGCAGGGCGCCUCUGCUACACUCAUUCAGCUGGGAUUCGCGCCGGCGGCCGUGCUAGGGAUACGAUGGAUGGAUGCGCAGCGCAAUGCGACGGACGCGCCUGCGCCUUUGCGCUCCGAACUGCUCUCGAAUGCACGUGAGAUGCCCCCUGCACCCUCCUUUACGACACAAGUGCCGUCCGUGCGGCACAAAAGCACCGACGAUGCGCCGUCGGAUGCUCAAAAUGCGCGCGAGAAGCGCAAGUUCCCCAAGACCGCCUUUGCGGUCCAUAACAGCGUCGGCACCAUCCUCACUGGCGCCUUCGUCUUCGGCAUUGGCUUCGACACGGCUACCCAGAUCUACUGGGACAAGCACAACCAGGGAAAGCAGUGGAAGGACAUCCGUCAAAACUACAUCAAGGAGGAUGACGAGUAG